UUUCUUUUCACUUUUUUUUUUAAAAUUUAUUCUUACAAUCAUUUUUUUCUUUUUUCUUUGACAAUUCUUCCAAUAACAUCAAAUCUAUCUAGACAAUAAACUUCGUCACACCAUCUUUAAUCUUAGUUUGGGUAUAUGAAAAAAAGAAGUGGUGUUCAUUGGAUGCCUUAAGGAUUGGAAAGAUGUUUUAAAGUGGAGUUCUUCUAAUGACAGUGUUGACUAUUUGGAGAUUUUCCAGCUUUUUAUGGAGCUUCGGCUCAUGUGUAUCGUAUACCGGGAACAAUCCAAGUAGAAAGAGCCUUGAUUCAAUUUUGGGAGGUUGCAAUCUCUUCUUCCAUUUCCAAGGGCCUUAUUGCGAUGAGAGUGAUCUUCUAAAUGCAUCAGACAUGAAGUAAAAGCACAUUAAUACUAUAAGAUCGACUGUGCAAUGAAAGAGACUUGUACCAAAGAAAUUCAAGGCCAUUAAAAGGAGAUUUGUACUAGAUAAUAGACGUAGAACAAAAAACAAAAGACCAAGACUUCUAGUGGUGACAGACUUUGAAAUUAAGUAUGAACAAUCAAAUUAAUGUAUGCUGACACUUUCGUAGUUACUAAGAAUUUGAAGGUGAUGCAGUCCCUGAGCAUGGCAACCGUGGACUUUUUUGGUCUUUUUGGCUGUUGAACCACAUAGACUUGGCAAUAUGAUGUUUAUUGAUUAAAUUUUCAUGACUUGGUCAUGUUUGUACAACUGCAUUAAUUAUUGCAUUGAGAAAAUUCAAUAUCUAAGGUAACGUUUCAUAAGCCAGUAGAGGAAAUUGAAUUGAAAGCAACAGUUCUUAGUGUUUUGCUGGCUACAAUGGCUGAAAAUUUCUUGGUCAGCCCAAAACUAUAUUAUUCCUUAUAAUUCUACUUUAGAGCUAGUAUUUCUGCAUUUUGUUGCAAAUCAUACCUUCAAGCUUUUCUUAAACGAUGGAUGAUCUAUACUGCUUGAAGUGAAUGUAGGAAUCAAUGGUUGCAAUGGUUCUAGUGUACAUUUACUUACUCUGCCUGCUAACAGUUUCUAGUGCAAAAAGUACUAUUACACCAGGUCAGUUAAAAAAAGAUAGCAACACUGACAUUUUAAUAUCAACAGAUGGAAUCUUUCAACUUGGUUUCUUCAGUCCUGGUAAUUCCACAAGCCGAUACCUCGGAAUUUGGUACAAUACCAAAAAAGUAUCAAUCAGAACAGUAGUAUGGGUAGCCAACAGAAAAACUCCGAUCUUUGGUACAUCAGGAGUCUUAAGUAUGAGUAGCCAAGGAAUUCUUCUACUUAGUGACAACACAAACAGCAUAUUUUGGUCAUCCAAUACAUCAAGACCUCCACAGAAUCCAGUUGCACAGCUCUUGGACUCAGGAAACCUUGUGGUCAGAGAUGGGGAUGAGAACAUUUUAUGGCAAAGUUUUGAUUAUCCAUCAGAUACCUUACUUCCAGGAAUGAAGCUUGGAAAGGAUUUCAUCACAGGUAAAGAAACGUUUUUAUCAUCCUGGAAGAGUGCAGAUGAUCCAGCUCAAGGUGAGUUUUCACUUCGGAUAGAUUCUCGUGGAUUUCCACAACUAGUUAUAAUGAAAGGAACUAACUUUCAGUUUCGUUGUGGUCCAUGGAAUGGACUCAGGUUUACUGGAACUCCUGAGCUGAAGAAAAACAAUAUAUACAGCUUUGAAUUCAUAUUCAAUGAGAAAGAAGUAUACUACUCAUAUAAACUAUAUAAAAGUUCGGUUGUCUCAAGGCUAAUUGUGAACCAAUCAGGUCCUUUGCAACGUUUCGUCUGGAUUGAUCGAACACAAACUUGGCUCCUUUUCUUAUCCAUGAUGAUGGAUAACUGUGAUAACUAUGCUUUAUGCGGUGCAUAUGGUCGAUGCAACAUCCAAGGUUCUCCUGUAUGUGAAUGCUUAAAAGGAUUUGUACCCAAAUUUCCAAGAGAUUGGAGCUUAUUAGAUUGGACUGAUGGCUGUGUUCGAAGGACUCCACUAAAUUGUGGAAGUCGAGAUGGUUUUUUAAAGCAUAGCGGAGUAAAAUUACCUGAUACUUCAUUCUCUUGGUUUAAUGGAACCAUAAGCCUUGAUAUGUGCAGGGAAAUGUGUUUGAAAAACUGUUCUUGCACUGCCUAUACAAAUUCCGAUAUCAGGGGAGAAGGAAGUGGCUGCUUGCUUUGGUUCAAAGAUUUAAUGGAUGUAAGGGAAUUCAAUGAAGGUGGACAGGAACUGUACGUACGGAUGGCUGCUUCAGAAUUAGAUCAUAUUGAGAAGCAAAGGCAUAAAAAUGAGAAGAGAUUGAGGUUCAUAAAAAUUCUGUUAAUAUUCAUCAUCGGAUGUCUGAUAAUAGGAUUACUAUUGUUUAUCUGGAAGAGGAAGCAUCAAAUCCUAGUGUCAACAAAAAGAGAAGACAGGAUGGAUGAAGAUGCAAAUGAUGACAUGGAAUUGCCAAGAUAUGACUUCAAUACUAUAGCAAUAGCUACUGACAACUUUUCAAGUAAUAACAAGCUUGGUGAAGGUGGUUUUGGACCUGCUUACAAGGGUACUUUGAGAGAUGGACAAGAUAUAGCGGUGAAAAGACUUUCAGGAAACUCUGGCCAAGGACGGAAAGAGUUCAAGAAUGAAGUUAUCUUGAUUGCAAGACUUCAGCACAGAAAUCUUGUGAAGCUUCUUGGUUGCUGUAUUCAUGGAGAUGAGAGGAUGCUGAUCUAUGAGUACAUGCCCAACCGAAGUUUGGACUAUUUUAUAUUUGACAGAAAAAGAAUCAAAAUACUAGAUUGGCAUUUGCGCUUUCAUAUCAUUUGUGGGAUUGCACGGGGGCUUCUUUACCUUCAUCAAGACUCAAGACUGAAAAUUAUCCAUAGAGAUCUGAAAGCCAGCAAUGUGUUGCUAGACAAUGAAAUGAAUCCAAAAAUUUCAGAUUUUGGUAUGGCUAAAACAUUUGGAAGAGAUCAAAGUGUGGCAAAUACAAAAAGAGUUGUUGGAACAUAUGGAUAUAUGCCACCUGAAUAUGCCAUUGAUGGACUCUUUUCAGUGAAAUCAGACAUCUUUAGCUUUGGUGUUUUAUUGCUAGAAAUAUUGAGUGAGAAGAGAAACAGAGGAUUUCAUCACUCAGAUCACCAUCUUAACCUGCUUGGACAUGCAUGGAGAUUGUGGAUGGAUGAGAAGCCCCUGGACCUAGUCGAUAAAUUUUUGCUAAACUAUUGUGUAGUAUCAAAAGUGUUAAGAUGCAUCCAUGUAGGACUGCUGUGUGUUCAACAACUACCAGAAGACAGGCCAAACAUGGCUUCAGUGGUUCUAAUGUUGGGAAGUGAUGGUUCAUUGCCCCAGCCAAAGCAACCUGGUUUCUACACAGAAAGGAAUCCUCUUGGGAUAGAAUCUUCAUCAUAUUCAGUAAAUGAAAUUACUUCUACGUUCUUAGAGGCACGAUAGAUAUAAGCAGUCUGAGAGUUUUUGGAUUACUGGUGAGCAUAUGUUUAGCCUGUUCAACUGCACUAACAGGCACAUGUUUAACCUGGUGGAGUGAGGCAUAGAUGCAUUCUGUAGUUGUCAAGAUAUUUGAGUUUUGAGGGUAUUUCAAUGUAUAUGGAAUUGAAUUUCAAAUUAGUCAAAGCCCCAAAACAUUCUAAGAUAAAAAGAAAAUGGUAGAGCCAUAUCUUAAGAAAAUAAAAAUCUUAUGCAAAAUUGUCAGAGUGCUGCUCAUCUUUAGGCUGUAGCUUAUAAACUGCUGCUUGGAGCCAUAUACCAGUUAAGUUACCCUCUCUUGUGAGUAACAACAGAUCCAUUUACUUUUAUGCUUUUUAAUUUGGAGACAGGUUUCAGAUUAUACCAAUUACCAACUGCAUUGUUCCAGACAUUUAAUAUCAUGCUUUGGGCAAAAGCUUAGAGGAUUAAUGCUAUAUAAUGGUUUUAGGCUUCAAAAAUGAACCUUAUGGCCCCUGAUCCCUGCAGUGA